GCCUUCCCACAGUGCUUCGCGAACGCCGCUAUGGAGGCCGGCAGGACCGCAGUGCUCCGGGUGAAGCGGAAGCGCACGGCAGAGCCAGCCGAGGCCCUUGUGCUUGCUUGUAAGCGCCUCCGGAACAGCGAGGUCGAGUCGGCUGCUCAGAAGACGCCGGAGGGUCUGGAGGGAGCGUCGGAGAAUAAUGUCUUCCAGUUGGUGGCCACCGUGCGCUCGCAGGAGGACCCAGUCCAGCAGCUCGUGCGGGCUGCCCUGCGCCCUUCCCGGGGCAGCCAGCAGCGUAUCCGCCGCGAUCUCCGCGCCUCAGCUCGCGAAGUCCGGAAAGAGGGUCGCUACCGUGUGGUUUCCAGCCACAGAUCCUCAGGGACCUCCGGCAGCCCCAGGUCUGAGUACGCGCCAGGAACCCCAGAAGCUGCUGGGGACGCAGACUUUCAGCUGUUGGACCUAGUCCAUGAGGAGGAAGACCCAGAGGCCGCCAACACGGACUCCUGCAAAACAUCAGACCCAGGUGUGAUCCUCUGCAAUUCUGUAGAGUUGAUCCGUGAGCGGUUGACUAUAUCUGAUGGACCAGGAGUCGGGCAGCAAGAGGAACAAAAGCAUGAUGACUAUGUGUAUGACAUUUACUACUUGGAGAUGGCCACUCCAGGGUGGAUUGAGAACAUCCUCUCUGUGCAGCCCUACAGCCAGGAGUGGGACCUGGUAAAUGAUGAUCAACAACCAGAAGACAUUUAUGAAGAUGAAGACGAUGAGAACAGUGAGAAUAAUUGGCGCAAUGAGUACCCAGAAGAGGAGAGCAGUGAUGAUGAUGAAGAUUCCAGAGACUCUGAUGAAUGUAACAGCUUCAGCGAGGAGGAAAGAGGCAGCAGCAGGCGACAGGUAUGGAGCAAGUACCCUCUGGAUGUACAGAAGGAGUUUGGCUAUGACAAUCCCCACGACCUGGAUUCAGAUUGAUGGUCUUGUGAUAAUCCAUGAGGUUCUACCAUGGGCCUUUUAGGGCUCUAUGAAUGGUGUCAACUGUUCUAGUGACAUGCUCUUAGGAUUCCUAGCUGAACACGUGGGAGGAAAAAGCAUACCCAACAGUACCACACCAACACUGAAAUUUAAGGGAGUACGUCUUUUCUACUCACAGUAGGCUCCUUGAUCUCAAUCAAAAGUGACACUACCAUCUGAAAAAAAUGGAAGUUCCUUUCACUUCCUGGCCCAGGCAGUUUUCCUGGUAUUCCAGUUCUCCCAUGAAGCAGGAGGAAAGGAGAGGCACCUGUUUCAGUAGCAGUAAGAUUCUACUUUCCUCUACCCCCAGGCUGCCUACCUGUAGUAAAGCCUGCUCUCUUGGAUAGAAGGAUCUAGAAGGGCUACAGUGGGUCCCUUGCAGGGGUACAACCUGAUUUUAACAGCUAUUAGGGCAGGAUAUAGAAUCUGAACUGUGGGAGGUUUUAGUUAACAGCUCUCUCUCCUCCCUACUUAAGACUUCAAUAAUGGUUGUAAAGAUUGCUGUUAUCUUUUGGCAGUGGUGCCAAGGAACAAUAUAUAUGAAUGUGAUAUUGUUUAAUAAAGACUAACUUUUAACA